CAUACCGCCCAACCUGGGAACAUCAAAAAUCUGGACAAAGGCCCAUGAAAAACAGUUCAGAAUGUCAGCUUUCCUUAAUUUUUCUUUUUCAAGAGGAAUUCCCUGCCAUCUUUGUGGAAACAGGAAUCUACUAGACUGCUUUUAAGACAAACAUUGCAGAACCCAUGCAGUGCUGGUGCCUGUAGAAAUAUAGUUUCAGGGAGUACUGCAGAGGAACUCUGAGCAUCCUUCCAAGUUACACAAGCACCACCCACCAUUUUAAUAAUACAUGUUUUUUUUUUCUGAACAGCUUUUCCAGACAUGAUAAAAAGCUGUAUUAAUUCUAGAAGUUUUGACAGUCAAAGAAUACACUUCUAUAAGCUUUGUCAUGCUUGGUUUAAAAGACAGCUGAGUAUAAAAAAUGUUUAUGCAGUUUAAAAUUUGAGACAUGUCCAGCAACUAGAAGAUCAGUUUAUUGACACUGAAGCAGUGUUUAUGACAUAUUCUUAAACGGCAAAACGAAGAAAAAGAAGACGACAAAAAAAAAAAAAAAAAGACUAGAGACUAGUGGCUGGAGCAGAAAGUGAUAUGACUUAAAAUGUGGUCUGUAACCAGACAUCGGCUCCUGUUAUGUUUGAGGGUUUUUCAAAGUGGCCCUUCACAUUUUUGCUCUUCCUUUGUAGUCCUUAGUCAGAGAGUUAUGCAAAGAAAUCUGGUGAAAUACUUUCACUCUGCAAGGCCACUUUCUCGUGCAAGAAUUGUAUUAGGAAUAGAGACCAGUUGUGAUGACACAGCAGCUGCUGUUGUGGAUGAAACUGGAAGAAUUCUUGGAGAAGCCUUACACUCCCAGAAGGAUGUCCACUUGAAGACAGGUGGCAUUAUUCCUCCAGUGGCACAGAAGCUGCACAGGGAGAACAUCGAAGAAGUGAUAACUCAAGCCAUAGAGAGAAGUAAAGUCUCAUCAAGUGAACUGACUGCUAUUGCAACGACUGUGAAACCAGGACUGGCUUUGAGCCUUGGAGUUGGUCUGGAGUAUAGUUUAAAGCUAGUCGCACAGUUUAAGAAGCCUUUUAUUCCAAUUCAUCAUAUGGAAGCUCACGCAUUAAUGAUUAGAAUGAUCAACCCUGUUACUUUUCCAUUCUUGGUCCUUUUGGUAUCUGGUGGCCACUCUAUCCUAGCAAUUGCACGUGGAGUUACUGAUUUUCAGCUGCUUGGACAGUCAUUGGAUGAAGCACCUGGUGACACUUUGGACAAGAUAGCAAGACGGUUGUCCCUAAUAAAACAUCCACAAUGUGGUACCAUGAGUGGUGGACAAGCUAUAGAGCACUUGGCAAAGGAAGGAAACAGAUUAAUGUUUGAGCUGAAACUACCAAUGAGUCAAAAUUUGGACUGCAACUUUUCUUUUGCUGGUCUACGAAACCAAGUCAAUCAGAUAAUUUCUAAAAAAGAAAAAGAAGAAGGUAUUCAGAAUGGACAGAUUUUAUCAUGUGCUGCAGAUAUUGCUGCAUCUGCACAACAUACAAUUGCUGUUCACGUUGCAAAACGUACACACCGUGCCAUUAUGUUCUGUAAAAUGUCUGGCUUGUUGCCUGAUAAGGAUUCAGCUUUGGUGGUAUCUGGAGGAGUUGCAAGCAAUCAGUAUAUCAGGAAAGUUUUGCAGGUUGUAGCCAAUGCCACCAAGUCUUCCCUGCUGUGUCCUCCUCCUCAUCUCUGCACUGAUAAUGGUGUAAUGAUAGCAUGGAAUGGUAUUGAAAGACUCUCCGUGGGACAGGGAAUACUGCAUAAUACUGAAGGCAUCCAGUAUGAACCAAAGGCUCCUCUUGGAUCCAAUAUUUCUGAGCAAGUGAAAAAUGCUGCUAUCAAGUUGCCACGGCUAAAAUUCACUGUAUGAGUGCAUUUUUAAAAUAACCAAAAGGAUUCCAGAAAUAAAGUCUUGGAGAACUAUGAUGAGUAAAGUAGACAGUAUAGUGCUGGACAAUGGUGGACAUCUGAAUGAAGCCCAGAUUUAAUUUCAAUGGAGAUGGCAAAACAAUACGCGAACCGCUGAACUUAAAUACCUGUGUUGACUGCAACAGAGACAUAAAAGCACACCUUGCUGCAUUGAGUAUCUCCAGAGGCAUUACAUAUGAAGUUUGGCUGCAAUGGUUGAUAUCAUAUUACUGUGCAGAAUAAAAUACUUUAAAGUGACUAAUAAACUGAUAUAUCUAAUUAGCUGCUAGCGAACAUUUGACUGGUACAUACAGAGCUUACCAUGAGACUUUCUUUCCACUGUGGAAGUUUGAGUAUAUUGUUAUGUAAAACAUAGAAAUACACUAAAAGGUUGUAAAUUCUAAAAAAAUAUGCUUUAUAUUGCAGUUUUUAUAAUUCUUUGAUUGUGUAUGUUGCUGUGUGAUAAGUUGAUGUACAUAGUUAAAAAAACUGCUCCUGAUCUGUAAACAGUUGAAUUGUUUAAAAAUAAAAAGGCAAAUCUUGUAGUAAA